AUGUGGGUCCUCACGGGUUCAGAAUCCGCGUUCAAGGACAAGGCCACAGCGCGGUCGCCGAAUAGUCCCUUAUACCGAAUUUCUAGUGCAAGACCGAGAUCUCAGUUGAGUGGAAUUAUUAAAAACUUAUGGAAUCUCGUCGAAACCCCGACGAAUAAUAAUUAUUAUUAUAUACAUCGAAAUAAAAGAAUGAAGAAAAGAAAAGAAAAGAAAAGAAGUGAAAGAAGUGAAGCCGAAGAAGGAGUAAAAGGAAAAGGAAAAGAAAAAGGAAGAAAAGAACGUUUAAAAGAAGAAGAAUAA